GUUUUUUUUCUUCUCAUUUUAAAUGUUAACUUCAGGCACCAGCUCUCCAAAUGACCUCUCUGAUUUGCACUUUGCAAGACCACCAAGACGAUGUCAACUGGUGUGCCUUCUCCGGCAACCUGCUUGCUACAUGUUCAGGCGAUAAAACACUCCGGGUUUAUAACACGCGGGACUUCUCGGAGCUUCCCUUCUCGCCGCUGUCGGGACACGGCUACAGCGUCCACUGCUGCUGCUUCAGCGCCUGUGGACAGUUUCUUGCCUCGUGUUCAACUGAUGCUACCACGGUCGUCUGGUCCAUGGCCUCUGGUGAGAUUGAAGCCGUCCUCGAGCAUCCUGGUCGCAGUCCCGUGAGGAUCUGUGCCCUCUCUCCUGACUCUGCACACCUGGUCUCUGGUGCAUCUGACGGCACUUUAGCUCUGUGGGAUUUCCCCUCCAAACAGCUUCGUAGGACUGGAGCUAUGAAUGACACGACGUUGGUCGCCUGCUCCUUCAGCCCCUGUAGUCAGGUGUUCAUGACGGGUUCCACCUAUGGAGACCUGCGCCUGUGGGACCUGGACAUGAGGCAGCUCCACGCAGAGAAGAAUGCACACGACCUGGGAGUCACCUGCUGCACCUUCGCUCCCAGCAUCCUCAGUGGUGGUCAAGUCGUGCAGUUUCGUCUGGCGUCCUGUGGGCAGGACAGUCAGCUGAAGAUCUGGGCCAUUAACAAGUUCAGCUCUGGAGGCUAUAGGAUGCAGCUCCUGCACACACUAACCGGCCAGUCAGCUCCAGUCCUCUCCUGUGCGUACUCAUCAGAUGGACAGCUGCUUGUUUCUGGCUCUGUGGACAAAACUGUCACAGUCUACGAUGCUAACAAUGCAGCUCUGCUCUACACACUGAACCAGCAUGAGAGGUACGUGACAGCAUGUUCCUUCUCUCCGACUGCACCUCUCAUUGCUACAGGAUCCAUGGAUAAGACUGUAAACAUCUGGAGGCUGGAGGACGGAUGCAGAGGCAGUGAUGGGAAACCAGUAUCAGGGAAGUCUGCUCGGACAUCAAGUGAAGGGAGGACGUCAGCAGGCCGAUCCAAGCUGUUGGUAGGGGAUUGGUCGGAGGAGGAUGUGUCAGCGUGGCUCGUGGAGGAAGGCCUCGAGGGAUUGGUGGACAAAUUCACAGCCAACAACAUAGACGGGACGGAGCUGCUCUGCCUCACCAAGGAAACACUGGCGUCAGAGCUGCACAUAGAGUCUGUGGGCCUGCGUAAUAAACUCCUGCGGAAGGUGGAGGAGCUAAAGACUGAUUCAGUGUGUUCAGGCACUCCUGAUGAGUUCCUGUGUCCAAUCACCAGAGAGCUAAUGAGGGAGCCAGUCAUCGCUGCGGAUGGAUACUCGUAUGAAAGAGAAGCCAUCGAGAGCUGGAUCAACACCAAGAACCGCUCCAGCCCCAUGACCAACCUCCCCUUACUGACCACCCUGCUCACCUCCAACCACACUCUGAAGAUGGCCAUCGGCCGCUGGAAGACCAGCCACUAGCAUCUGAGAGAGCUCUGAUCCAUAGUGUCUGUAUAUUUCAGGAGACAGAGACUAGAACACGGUGCUCACAGGGAUGCCAGAACAUUUCAGGUAUAGGUGUUUAGUCACGUUUGAGGCUUCUGUACGAAGCUACAUUUUGGACUGGAAAGGAUCAGUAAGGUUUCAUUUAAUUUACAAGUUGUUUGCUUGCAUUUGAUUUUGGAUCUCAGAGGAGUGCUCCCUGGUCCUCCUGAUGGAUACUUCUUUAAGUAGCCAUAAGAAAUGUUUUUAUUUAGACUAACCUUUAUAGCAAGCUUCAGAUCUUUCUGUCCCCCCCCCCCCCGCAACUUAUCUGUUUUGGUUCUUUCUCACUGCUGCACUUCCUUCUCAGCACCAAACAGAACACAAGACACAGCAAAAGACUAGCGGGUGAAUAUUGUUCCUACAUUUGCCGUGACUUUUCCAAAACUGAUUAUGACGCUUCUCAAUUGCUUGAUGAGUAAAAAAGCAACUUUGGUGAACAAGUUCAACAUAUAAACUUAAAUCACGGUAAUAUUUUAAUAUGUGCAAAUGUUUACGCUGCCUUCAAGUUGUCAAAUAAAUCUGUUACUGCAGGUUAAAUGUUCACUGGUAUGUCUGCUCUUGUCUACCAACUCAAAAUAAGACACCUUUGUGUGUUUGCCUUGUUUUUUUUUAAAGAUUUAUUUUUGGGCUUUUGUGCCUUUAAUGGCGAGAUAGGACAGUGGACAGAGACGGAAAUCAGGGAGAGAGAGUGGGGAUUGACAUGCGGGAAAGGAGCCACAGGUUUGAUUUGAACCCGGGCCGCCCACAUUGAGGACUACAGCCUCCAUACAUGGGGCGCACGCACCAACCACUGCGCCACCAGUGCCCCGUGUUUGCCUUGUUGAGUGUUAAGUGACAUUAACUUUAGAUUUAGAUUUAGACUAGAGUGUUGUUAAAUUAAAGUUGUCAUUGUUGUUGUGUAUCCAUGCAGCUACAUCUGAAAACAUUUGAAAUAAAAGGCCUUUAUAGUGGGAAAAAACUGUGACAGGGUUAAAGUUCAAAGAACAUUUAGUUUUGUAUUCAUUACAAUUUACUCGUUGAAUAACCAAAAAGCAACUAUCUUAAGCCAAACUGGACUUAAGACUGGGGCGUCGAUUCUCAGUGGAUUCAGAAGGCCUGACAUAAAACAUCAACUUCAGGGCGCCGGUAGCCUAGUGGUUAUUGCAAGUGCACAAUGUGCAGACGCUAUGGUCCUCCCAGCGGGCGGUCCGGGUUUGAAUCCAACCUGUGGCAUCUUCCCUUACUCUCUCUUUCUCCAAUUUCUGACUCUAUCCACAAUCCUAUCUCUGAUAGUUAGGCAUACAAAGCUUAACAAUAUACCCCUGCUGACUCUGUGCUAAUGUUAGAAUUAAGUUCAUUGGAGAAAGAAGAGUAAUGCCACUAUAAUGUAGCAUCUUUAGGUAAGCACUACACACAGCUGUUUUUCAGAUUUACCAUUGAGGGAGCUUGCCUUGUAUAAACCCUAUGGGAGUAGUGCUUGGCCAAAGAGAGUUCAACAUAAAUGAGGACAUUUCUGCAUUAUUCAGAUUGUAUUGCCUAUAUGUAUUUCAUUUGUAAUGGCUUACUUUUAUUGAUUGAUUAAUUGCUUUGUUUUACUGUGAAAGGAAAAGUCUAUUCAUGUAGCUGGUGCAACUCUUUGUUUGUGAUUCUAUUGUGGAUUACGUGCUGAAAGAAGUAGCUGUAGAGAAAUGUAGUCCUUCAUGUAUAUUUUAUUAUACCACAGUAAUGAUGUGGUAACAUUCUGUAAUCCACUGUAUGACUCUGAAGAGGUUAUACGACCGGGAUGGACAUACGGCGAUGUAAGAGGUCUCUUAAGGUUUGUUAUCCUCCACUGUCGUCCAAAUAAACACUUCAUAUGAAUACGUUCUCUGCUAUGCAAAAAUAAAUAACAUAUACUGUGAA